ACUGUUUUGGAAAUGUUAAUAAUGAACUAUCUAUCUUUUAGAAUAUAUUUUUCCCACCACCUUAGUCCUCUCUCUAUAUAUAGCUUCUCAUCAUACCUCAAGUUCUUCACCGCCAAAUCUCAACUCUCUCUUCACUAAAAGCAUUCUUCAACCAUCUCUCAUCCAACACCUUCCCAACAAUGGCUACCGUGUCGGCUUUGGGAGCUGAAAAGCCAGUUGUGAUCUUCAGCAAAAGCGGUUGCUGCUUUUGCCACACCAUCAAAAUACUGAUAUACGGUUUUGGGGCCAGUCUUGCUGUUUAUGAGCUUGAUGAACUUCCUAAUGGAGGACAACUGGAAAGAGAGUUGUUGUCAUUAGGAUGUCGACCUAGCGUACCCGCUGUGUUCAUAGGAGGGGAGUUGGUUGGUGGUUCUAAUGAGGUCAUGAGCCUCCAUAUCCGGGGCAAGCUAGUCCAAUUGCUCAAAAAAGCUAAAGCUAUAUUUAUAUAGGAUGCCAAACUAGUAGCCAUUUUUGCUUUUGAAGCGAAUGAGAAUACACCUACUUAACCAUGAGCCUCUUUUUUUAUGUGGAGAGGUUUGAUGAGAAGUACUAAUUGUGUUUUUAAGGUGUAUUUUCUUUUUGUUGUACUAAAUCAUUAUUGUCAUAGUUUAUUUACAGCUACGGUGUCUUGAACAUAAUAUUUCUCCAUUUUAUGUAUUUUCCAUCUGCAUAAAUGGAAAUUUUAAGAGAUGAGCAAAAGGUAAACUACGUACCUAAGAAGCACAUUAUCUUUAAUGCAAACUUAGCAAUCUUUUUCUUGUAUUUGUGAUUUUGAAAGUGGUUAUAUAUAUAAUUUGAAGAACAUUAUUGUAUAUACUGAUCCUGGAAAUGCUUAAUAAUCUAAACGUUCAACUAUGUUGGGAGUUUUUACCCUCUUGGGUCUGUCAAACUCCAACAAUUGUCUAGGUUAAAUAUUGCCUCUCCAAGUCUUUUGCAAUUGGUUAGUGUUUGCAUGCUAUUGGAUUUGCCUUUUCAUGCCAACUUAGUUGAGAUGAAAAAGGUUCGUUAUAAUGUAUUAUGCACUCUGUUUCAUAUGUUCUCUAAAACAUUGUUAUUAAUCCCUACCAUUCUUCUAAGAACCCCAACCUCCUCCAUUAUUUUUAAUCCCAACUUUGUCCCAACCUAAAAUUCCACUUUUACCAUCAUUCCUAAUCUUCUAACCCUUAUUUUUCAAACCAUAACCCUAAUCACCUCUGGUAUUCUCCACCAUCGCAGCCCAUCUCUUAACCCUAUG